CACCACCCUGCAACAAAUUUUUUUUUAUAGCACCCGGUUGUGAUGGCAUCAAUCGAUCUUGCCGCCAUAAUCGACGAAUGCGGGAGCUUCCUCUCGAGAUGCAUCACGGCCAGGAACCUGAAGCUGGGGGCGGCAAUUCACUCAAACCUCGUCAAAAGGGCGCUCAACGUCAACCCUUUCGUCGUCAACCGUUUGAUCGACAUGUACGCCAAAUGCAGCUCCAUCGAGUCAGCCGGGAAGGCUUUCGAGGAUCUCCUCUUCAAGAACGCUCGUUCCUGGAACACAAUCGUCGCUGCCUGUUUGAAAAUGGGUAUGGUCGAGACAGCCCGCAACUUGUUCGAUCAAAUGCCUGAACCAAACCUGGUCAGUUACAACUCGUUGAUUUCGGGUCUUUCUCGUCGUGGGUAUAAUGAGGAGGCGUUGGGUGUGUUCCGGGAAUUGCAGGAAGAUUGCGUUGGUGGGUUUUGUUUGGAUGAGUAUACUGUUGUCAGUGCGGUGAGUUGUUGUGGGUGCUUGGGUGGGUUGGGAUUGGUUCGUCAGUUGCAUGCGAUGGCUUUGGUUGUUGGUUUGGGAGUGAAUGAGAUUGUUUCCAAUGUUCUGAUUGAUGGUUAUGGGAAGUGUGGGGAACCUGAGACUAGUUAUCGUAUAUUUAGCAGAAAGAAUGAGAGGGAUGUGGUGUCAUGGACUUCGAUGGUGGCUGCAUAUGCUCGAUCGUCCAGACUGGAUGAUGCGAUGAGCCUUUUUGAGCAGAUGCCUGAUAGGAAUACUGUUGCUUGGACUAGCUUGAUGGCUGGUUUUGCACAAAAUGGCCAGAACUACAGUACAUUGGAACUAUUUAAGCAAAUGCUGGAGGAAGGGGUGGUGCCAAAUGCUUUUACUUUUGUUACUCUUUUGGGCACAUGUGCAGAUUUAGCACUUCUGGAAGGAGGCAAACAGAUUCAUGGGCACUUAUUUAAGUUUUGCAACCGAGAACAUUUUGGUAGCAUGUAUGUAAACAAUGCGUUAAUGGACAUGUACUGCAAAUGUGGAGAUAUGGGAUCUUCUAAGUCUUUGUUUGAAGGAAUGAUUGAGAAGGAUGUUGUGUCCUGGAACUCAAUGAUUACAGGGUUUGCACAAAAUGGACUUGCAGAUGAAUCACUCAGUGUUUUCAGAGAGAUGGUUCAGGGCAAGGCAAGGCCUAAUCAUGUUACAUUUCUUGGAGUGUUAUCAGCUUGUAGUCAUACAGGAUCACUCGCUGAAGCCCUUCAGAUUCUGGAACAGAUGGAGAAGGAUUAUGGUAUUAGCCCAAGAUCGGAACACUAUGCAGUCUUGAUUGAUUUAUUAGGUAGGAAAAACAGACUGAGUGAAGCAAUUGAAUUAAUUGGAAAAUCACCUGGUCUGACAAACCAUGUGGGGAUGUGGGGUGCUCUAUUAGGUGCUUGCCGGAUCCAUCCCAAUGUUGAUCUUGCCAUGAAAGCUGCAGAAACUCUGUUUCGGUUGGAACCGAGUAAUGCUGCACGAUAUGUCAUGUUAAAUAAUAUUUAUAUAGCAGCUAAUAAAUGGAGUGAUGCUUGUAGAGUAAGGAGGGCGGCAGAGGAAAAAGGUAUAGUGAAAGAUGUAGCUUAUAGUUGGAUUGAGGUGAGGAAUGAGAGGCAUGAGUUUGUGGCCAAGGAUAAAGCUCACAAUCAGAGAGGGGAAAUAUAUCAAGUGAUUUCUCAACUUCUUGAUCAUAUGAUGGGAGCUGGAUACCGUCAUUGUACAAGUGACUGUUAUUUUGUAGGAGGAGAUGAUGCUGUAGUUUUGUAGGCUGUCUCUUCUCUAUCCGCAGAAGAAAUACGGUGGAUGACAUUCAUGCUAUGCAGCCAGCUCAGCCAAUCUGAACUCAUGAACAGGAGGAGCUUGUUUUUUGACAUGUUCAGUUUUCCUUCCAGGAAGAAAACUUGCAAUCUACCUCUUAUCAUUGCAAAAUUUAGAUGGUUAAUAUCGGUGCAUUGGAUGAGAAAAGGGAAGUUGCUAGGAAUAUUGGAAAUCGUCAAUAUCAUGCCUCUUUUCUGAAGGCGCAUGAGCUGGAGUAUUUGUGUCUCCAUUGGUGAUCCUUCUGAUGUUUCUGUAUCUUUGACUAUGGAGAUGUGGUUCUACAGAAACAAGUUAAAUUGACCACUUACACAAAGUAGAUCAUGGAAGGCUUCUAAACCCUGAUUGAGGGGCAUUUCUCUGCUGAGAAUAGCUCGUUUCAGAAUCUCGGUGAACCACUAUGUCUCCAUGAUUUUAACAGUGGCCAUUUCAAGUUUUGUGAGCGUUCAGAAUGCAGAGAGUAUCCACAGUUAAAAGAAGUUUAUGCAGUUUCGCAUUACAAUGUCUGCUGCUCAUGCUAUUUUGAAGCAAAGCUUUAAAACUCAAGAGUUCCCAUGGAUGGGAAAUAAACCGGACCGGAUCAUUUACCGAAUUUGGUGUCUGAAUGACGCAGGCCCGGUUCCAAUCACCGUCCUUGCAGUAUCAUACUUAAAUAAGUUGAACCACAAUGGUAAGCAACGCCUUCUGCUCUUUCCUCUCUCUCAAACAAUAUCAAAUACAUCACCAUGCUUGCUUCUACUGCCACCCGCACACACCUCUCUUCUCUCAGCUCAUCUUACCCUUCAUACAACAAAGCUUAUCUUCGCAGGGACAAUCCGGAAUUCGAUUUCUGGGCUACAGCCGAAACAAACCGCUCUUUGAGGAGCUUCCUGAGUCCAGGAAGCCAUGGAGACGAAGAAGAAGAAGAAGAAGAAGUUGAUGACGACCACCACUAUGAAGAGCUGGAAGCAGAGUUAUGUUUCCCUUUGCAGAAGCACCAGGCGCGGAGCAGCCUGUCUAAUUUGCAGGCGAUAGCUGAAGGCAGGAAGCAGCUGAUGGAGCUCGCCGGAGAGAUGCUGGAGUCCAACCUCGAACUCUCUCUCAAAGACAUCGUGAACGAGCGGACUGUUUCCCCUUCUCGAGCAAUAACAGAAGGGGAUCAUGUGGGGGUCGUUAAAGGUGGAAGCUUUCAUUUUGCGACCGAGAAACUGAGCAGCAGGAGAAACGACAGCAUGCAGCAGAAGAAGAAGAACGCGGUCAUCAAUCCAUGUUUUGUCCCGAGGAGCUAUAGCAUCGACAAAGGCACCUUCUUGAUCAAGAUGUUCAGUCCGUCUACUCGCAGCAGCUGGAAAACGAACCUGAAAUCUUCGUCGUCGUUGAAAGAAGGCUGUGCCGUCAGAAGCAGCAGCAACAGAUGCGGAAGCUCUAGAACUACCAGCAGAAGCAGCAGCUGUAGUAGUAGCGGUUUCAGUUCCAGCAGUACUACCAGACUCAGAAGGCAGAGCAGCGUUGCCACCACUUCCACUUCCUUCCUAGACUGCUUAACUUGCUUGCCUUCCUUUUGCGCCAGAGGAACGCACAAGAGCAAGCAACGAAGUAGAGAGUGCAUGUUUUGAACAGGGAAAUCACACCAGAAAUCGAACCGGUCUACUGGUAAAAAAAUCGUUGGCUCCGAAUCAACACGAAUUGGCAGGUCUUCUCAGAAUCUUUCCUUGGCUGACAAGUAAUUGUAAACCCAUGCCAACUUCCCGUCUCAAACAUUGGCUUGGAAUAGGUUCUCAUGGUAGAAACUGUUGUUCAUCAGGUGUUUUGCUCUAAGCUUCGGAGACUUCCUCGUUCGCGCUUCUCUGUACCAUAGCACAGUCGUCGAACUGUGUUCGAUUGGUUGGCUAGUUCGAUUAGUUGGCUAGCCGGCUGAUAUGUUGGAUGCUCUGUUUUUUCCGUUCUUCUAAACACUGAGUACGACUGAGACUGAGACUGAGACUGAGACUGGGACUGAGAUGUCUUGUUGUUUGGUUGUAUUGGCUAUAUUGAUUAAACUAUUGAGACCUGGCCAGGAUUAACAAAUGGAAG